AUGUGAACCUUGCACUUCAUGUAAAUUGCCUAAUCAUACAUGCCAACCAUUCCGUUCUGAUAAAAAUUAUCCUAAGUGUUGUUCACAGUGUUUAACAAAGUCUACUGUACUUUUGAAACCAGAAUCGAAGAAAAAAUACCAUAACAUUUAAAUAUUUUAUAAUUAUUAUUGAUUGAUGUUCUAAAACACAAAAACUUAUACAUUCAAUCCUAUUAUUUAUCAUGUAUAAAAUAUAGGUACAGUAUAUUAAAAACAUAUCAUAAAUUUAAUACAGUGUAUACACUCGAAUACAAUUUGCUGUUAUUACUUAUAACAUAGUUAAGACACAAAUAUUUUAAUUGACAAGUUAUACUUACAUAGUUAGUUGAUUUUUUUUGUAUGAAAUAUGACAGUUAGUGUCAAUAUAAGUACAAAAAUA